CCAAACAGAAGAAGCUCACACCAAAAGCUCACAUUUCAUCUCCAGCAAAUCCUGUUUCUCCCUCUUUUCUCUCCUCGAUUUUCAUCUCCGAUCAGCGCAAUGUCAGCCAGGAAGGGAAGCUCCAAGAAGCGCGCGGCCGCUACGCCAACCGCUAAGUCGGCGCCGCCGCUGUCCAAGUUCCGCGUCCAGGAAGAUUUCGAUCCCGAUUUCUCGAGCGAUCUCAAGGGAAUCAUGUCGGCACUGCACCAGUUCAGAGAGAAAACAGAGAAGGAGGGCCAGAAGAAGAAGGAGGAGACGAUUUCCAGUGUUGCUUCUGAGAUUAGGACGAUGCUCAACGAUUUGAAGUCGAAAAUUGAGAAGGAUAGGCAAAGCUUUGGUAAGGCGCUUCAGAAAAAUUCGAAAGAGUGCGAAAAUUAUAUCAAGAGCGAGUCUGCCAAGAUUCAGGACAUCUACGAGAAGUUUGCCAAGGAGAAAGCAGCUCACAUGCAGUCAAUGCAAGAUACCAUGUCCAAAUUUGAAGAAGACAAGGAGAAGCUGAUGAUGCGAUAUGAACAACUGAAGAAGAAAGAGAAGAGCAUGCUAGCCGACCACGAGAAAGCUUGCGAGGAGAAGAUUGCUAAACUGGAGGAAUCUCUCAAGAAGAAAAAGCAGGACGGCAAAACGUUCAGCAUCCUAAAGAAAACGCUGGGCACUUUCCUGGACGACGCCUCCGAUGAGGACUUCCCACCAGAGGAUUGAACUGCGACUCUCUCUCAAACUAUCAAGAGGAGCAGCGAACCGCUAAAGAUCCAUACGGGUACAUAAGCAGCAGAGGACAAUAGGUACAAAUGACAAGUCCAACUUGGUGAGCUACAACACAACAAACAAAGCACAUUAUUCCCCAACAGUUAUAAUCACGUUUUAACUGCUAUUCCCC